GUUGAGAUAGGGAUCCAAGCCAAGAAAAGUUUCACUAUAGUAGUACUUGUUCUCACUUCUCACUAGACAGUGGGAGUAGUUCUUAUGCUUGCUUGCGUAUCAUGGGAACCCGUUGGAGAAGAGCCUUUUGCACUAGCGACCCUGAACCUGAACCUGAACCUGAACCCACCUCUCCUCUAUCCUCCCCAGGCCCCAAGCUCAACCUCUCCCUCUUCACAAACACCUUCAAAUUCAGAAGUACCUGCGGAAUCUGUUCCAGUAGCGUCAAAACAGGUCAAGGAACCGCUAUUUACACUGCAGAGUGCGGUCACGCCUUUCACUUUCCCUGCGUCGUUUCCCAUGCACGCCCACGCAUCUGUCCCGUCUGCCACGCCGCAUGGGAUCACCUACCGUUUCACCAAAACCACGCCGUCCUUCACAAACAUUCCGAUUCCCUCACGUCCUACCACCACCACCACCCUCUCCCUUCUCCUCUCUCAUGUUCCACGCAAAUCCUUCCCAUUCCCGAAGCUGAUGAAAACACCGAACAACAACAACAACAACAAAACCACGACGCAUCCGAGUUCCCUGGCUUUUUCGUCGAUCCAAAGCCUCAAUCCUCGUCACGACAAAACCACGGUGCUGAAUAUUCAAGGACCGUCCGAGUCAAGUUGAUGCCCGAGUGCGCGGUCAUAUCGGUUUCUCAAAGCCACCAAACUCGCGCUCUCGUUUUAAGAGUCAAGGCUCCGCCGUCGCCGUCGCCGUCGCCGCCACAGCCGCGUCGGCCGCCGAUGGAUCUCGUCGCAGUGCUAGACGUCGGCAACAGCAUGAGCGGCGGAGCGAAGCUUCACAUGGUGAAGCGCGCGAUGCGUUUGGUUGUCUCGUCGCUCGACGCGUCUGACCGGCUCGCCGUCGUGGCUUCCAAACGGUUGCUACCGCUACGAAGAAUGACGACUCAGGGACAACGCUCGGCUCGGCGCGUAGUGGAUCGGUUCGCGUGUGACCACGGGAACAGCGUGAGUGAAGAAGCUGUGGAGAAAGCCGCGAAAAUUCUCGAAGAUCGGAGAGAGAGAAAUCCUCUCGCCAGAAUCUUGCUUCUAUCCGACGGUCACGAUAACAACAAUCAACGGAGAUGCUUAAGCCACGUGUCUUCCGUCCGGUUUACUUGUGUAGAAGUUCCGGUUCAUCCGUUUGGGUUCGGGGUUACAAAAACCGGUUCAACACACGAACCGGUUGAGGAUAAUUUUGUUCAGUUCAUAGAUAGGACAUUGAGUGUGGCGGUGCACGAUUUAAGAAUUCAGCUUGGCUUUUCCGCGCCGGCUGAAAUUCGAGCCGUUUAUUCUUGCAGCGGGGGACCCACUGCGCUGAACUCAAGCGCGGCUCGGCUCGGCGAUUUAUACGCCAGAGAAGAGAAGGAGUUGUUGGUGGAGGUUAGAGUGCCCACGUCAGCAUUAGCGACUCACCACGUGAUGACAGUGCGGUGUGUCAACAAAGACCCUGCUUCGCAAGAGUUUGUCUACGGCGCGGAACACGCGUUUACCGUGGUGCCGCCAAAGAGUAGUACUAGUGCUUCACUUUGUGGCGGGAGAUCCGAGAGGCUGAGGAAUGUAUUUAUCACGAGCCGAGCCGUAGCCGAGUCGCGGAGGCUGGCUAAGCAUAGCGAAUUCUCGAGCGCUCAUCAUUUGCUAGCUUCGGCUCGGGCUCUUCUAACGCAGUUUGGCUCGGCUGAGGAGUACGUGCGCGGCUUGGAAGCUGAGCUGGCGGAGCUGCAGUGGCGGAAGCAGCAACCGGGGCGGAGGAGGGAGGGUGAGAGGGUGGUGGAUGAGGGCAGUGAGGCGCUGACCCCGACGUCGGCUUGGAGAGCCGCAGAGAAGCUGGCUAAGGUGGCUAUGAUGAAGAAGUCGUUGAAUAAAGUUAGCGACUUGCACGGCUUCGAGAACGCUAGGUUUUAGUAUAUGCUUCGUUUUUCUAUUUAGAGAAACAAAAUGUUGAUUCUCGAAAAUGUAUAAAAUAAAAUUUAAGUGUGGCAGCGUAGUUACUAGCUAGAGAAAGGGAAUGGGAAUUGGUAAUAGAGGUUCGGAAUACAUAGGAAGAUCACUAGAAGAAAGGGUGUGAAUUGUUAAGCAUGAGUAUGUGGAUAGUAUAGAGCAAGGAAGAUAGUAAAUGUUUAGAGUUUUUUUUAUUGCACGAACCAACUUAAAAUUAUGUGGCUAUAUAUUAUGAGACUUUUAUCUUUAUUUUUUUUUCGUUUUUAAUCACAAUAGACUUGAUUGUUCAAUUUUAAAAUCUCAUUCGUAUAUUUUAUAUUUUCAUAUUUAUUUCGUGUAAAUAUAGUAGCUACUCGUAGACAUAGAGGGGAAUACUUAUUGGGUU